ACUUUUCCUGGGCCUCUCAGAACCAGAGAAAAAAACUGCUGCAGACAGGAGAUGGGUAUGUUUUUAUUUUUUUUACCCAGCCCAUUGAUUUGUAUAUGAAAACAUAGCGCUUUUAUUCUCCCCCCUUCUGGGCUCUGCUUCUGAGUGAUCAGCUGAUGAAGAGACUAGCAGCACGCCGCUAUGCUGGUUUGCUAAUUCUCUCCCCCACAGCUGCAGCCGAUCCUGACAGCCAGCCUGCAGACUGCACUCAGUUUUUUUUAGAUUCCCCUGCCCACUGCUCCCUCUCCCUGCAGCCUGAGGCAGAAAACAACCAUUUCCCAAAGGACAUGGAAGAGGAUAUCAGCCUGAAGAAGCCUAAAGGUGAACAUAAUGGGGAGAAAGAGCUGCAGGCAGGGCAAGAAACCGGAGAAAAGGUCAAAAGGAAACGAGGACGCCCACCAGCUGAGAAACUGCCCCCAAAUCCGCCUGAACUCACAAGAACACUGAACACUCUGGUAGAUAUGGUCAUCAACUACAAAGAUGGGUUGGGACGACAGAUCAGUAAAGGUUUUGUGCAGCUUCCCUCUAAGAAGGAGGUACCAGAGUAUUACGAGCUGAUCCGAAAGCCCGUGGACUUCAGAAGGAUCAGAGAGCGUGUGCGUAAUCACAAAUACAGAAGUGUUGGGGAUUUGGAGAAAGAUGUUUUCCUCCUCUGUCACAACGCUCAGACCUACAACCUGGAGGGAUCUCAGAUCUACGAGGACUCGAUUGUCAUUAAGUCUGUUUUCGAGAGCGCCAGGCGGAGAAUCGUCACAGAAGAGGAGCAGAAAGAGGCGGUGAGCACCAGUCACAGCAACAACAGCGGUGAUGCUGACGACCAGUUUGUUCCAUCAGCAG